AUGGAAUAUGACAUGUCUUCAGACGAGGAAAAGAAAAAGAGCCCCUCCCAAGACACUAUUCCUCAGCUGCAACCUUUAAAACGUGAUGUUGAGUCACUUGAAGACUUUGAAUAUAUUAACAAAGAUAAUUCAUCAAUAAAAGAUAUUACUUCUCAAUUUCUACUGUCGGAAACAGAAGAAAGAAAUAAACGUCAGACAGGCGAUUCAUUCAAUAAACCCUACGUUAAAGAAAACGUAGAACAGAUCAGUAACAAGGAUGAUAUUUUUAAUAAUGACUCAUCUGAUUUUUUACAAAAUGAGAUGGAGAAAAAGCAAAAAGAGGUAGAACCUGUUAAAGAAUCAUUAGAUGAUAAGCAAAUGUAUUCAAAUGAGGAGAAUAAAAAUCUCGAUGAUGAUUUUAAUGAUUUAAUAAAUUUUGAUCAAACCAAAAAUCAAAAUGAUGGAAGUAGAAUGAAUGAAUCGUUUCUUGACGAGAAUAAUAAGAAAAUCGAAGAUUCGCACGACUACGAUAAAGAAUUUCAAGAUUCUGAAAAUGUUUCGCUUCUACCAAAAACGGAUCAAGUAUCAUCCAUGUAUUCAGCAGAUUUUGAUGAUAAUUUUGGAAAAAAUUCUUCGUUAGAUAAGAAAUCUCAUAGCGAAAAAGGAAUGGAUAUUAAUUCAUCUGCUAAAGAUAUUAAUAAAUCAGACUCUUUUAGAGAUCAUGAAUAUUCUCAUGCUUUAGGAGAUGGUUUGCAUGUGAAAAAAGUUUAUGAAGAUGACAUAUCAGAUAGCGAUGAAGUACCUGAACCGAUACCAAAAGAUUAUCCAGAAAUAGGAGUUAUAGAAGGAAAACAAUUUUUAUCUGCUAUAGGACUUGUAUUAUUACUCAUGCAUUAUUUAUAUUUUAUGAAUAUUUUCUCAUAUUCGAUUCGCCGAUGA